AAAUCCGUGAUCUUUUAAGAUCAAAGUUUUUUCACUAUUCUUUCUUUAAGUCGGAUUUUUAUGAACUCCGAUAAGGGGGUGGAGGGAGGGACGAAAGGAAUUGAGGAGGCAGGCCAUCCUCACGAUGCACCCGAGGUUUUACUUUCGGCCGGUCUUUCCAGCGGCGCGCCGGUGGAAAGUAUCCAGCCUGACGUCGGCUCGUACGUAACAGACGCUGGAAGUGCAAGGCGAGACGGAGGUGCUUCCAAAUCCCCACUUCUUGCAGAAUCGCCGGAAUGGGGAGUGCGAAGCACGUCGGUAGCCUCUCGCGACUCGCCGUCACUCCCGACGAGCCAGUCCGAGGCGGUCGCGUGUCUGAGUGCGUACCAAGCGCACUGCACACAAGGUGCAUACCGUGCGUACAUACCGUGCACCUCCCAGCUGUCGCACUUACCGUGUCCACGGGCGUACUUCGUCUCGAAUCCGCGAAGUGCCCGAAGUGACCGGAGUCAUUCGUUCAAUCCGCGAAGUGGGUGCAAUUCGCCUCAUCGCGAGGUGGCCGUGAAGUUGCCAAGUGCAUCCGACAAGUGCAUCGCGCGGUGACGUGAAGUGAAAAUUAGAACAAAAAAGAAAAGAAGUCCUCUUAAUCGAGGAGUUCGGGAAAAUCAAGAGUGCGUUGAUUACUCGAAGGUUGACGGUCAGAGGGAAGGUCCCGGAAAUUGAGAUCGCGUCGUCGCCGGAUGUAGAGACAUGGUCAGGGGGAUCUUUGACUCGGAAUAGAAGGUCCAGAAGGUCCUGAACCGACGGAUGGCGCGCGGCGUCGCGCGGCGUGCGCGUCGCGACGCUCGUUCCUGACACGCGGAGUCCUCGCGGAGUCAUGGGCACGUCCGACGAGAUGGACCGCGUCAUCCCCAGCAGCACCCUCGCCACUCUGAGGGGCAUUCUGGUCAGCUCGCUGUCCAGGGAGAACCUCGGGCCCCACGACCUCCCCGUAAGAGGACUCGCGGCCAGGACUCGCUCCUUGAGGAAGGUCCAUUUUCGAGAAGCUGGAGCCGCUCCUGAGGAAACUAGCCAAAGGUCCAGCUCUGCACACAAUCGCCACUCUCUCUCGAAGGAACAAACCUUACAUUGGUUCGCCCAUAUCGGUGGCGAAGAUGACCUCCUGGACCUGCCAGAUGUGAAGCGCCGCAGCCUCUACGAGGAGGACUCCCUCGACGGCGAUCACCCUAAUGAGAAUCAAGGACGGGAUUCGGCAGGAAGCGCAAAGGACGUGGACAGGGCGAAGCUCGUCCGCGAAAGGCAAAACGAGGAGAGGCAGCGGAAGUUGGAGGAACUGAGACAACAAGCACUCGCUGCCCAACGUUUCCGGGAACAGCGAGAAGAGGAACGACGAAGACGCAUCGACGAGCUGAGGUCGCGCGACAACGACAGACGAAACCAGGUGGAGGAGCGUAAGCGUCUAAUAUGGGAGGCCGAAAGGGAGAGGCGCGAGGCCAUCCUGAGGAAGAACCAGGAGAGGGAGGCUCGGAUCGAGGCGAAGAAGAAGAACGAGAGGUCGCACAUAGUGUUCGCUUUCGGCAGCUCGACACCGAGAAUGCUCGAGCCCGCGGACACCGGUGGCUCGUCUUUCUGGGGGACUCGUAGGGCGACCUCGACGACGAACGUCAUGAUGUUCACGGCGGCCCAGCCGUUGACGAGGAGGUCCUCCGAGCGCGAGCUCGACGGCAGCAAGAAGAGGGCCACCUCGGCCGGAGGGCUCGAUCGGAAGCCCGGCGAAGAUAUGAGAAUGUCCUCGUCCAUGUACGAGGUGUUCAAUUGGAACUCUAGCCCCGAUCCUCCCUUAACUCCUGCCAAAAAUAAAAGAGCCAGCCUCUCUCUGCCUCCCACCACUGACAUCUUUGCCAUCGACGAUAAAUCCGAUAGCGAUACUAAACGUCCAAUGAUCCAAGGGACGACCAGUGGCGAGGAGGCUGACGGAUCCCCCGGGACCCCGAGCUCGGUGUACCUUCGGGUCAACAGACGAAGAACCGACCUUAUGCCCACCAUACCCUCGCCCAGGGAUGGGCUGCCGUCCGCGGGGCGCAGCUCCAGCGCCAAGGCCUUCACCCGUUCCCCAGGUAGGACUUACUCCAUGUCCAGGCUGGACCAACUGGCGCAGCCUCGGAAGCGUCCUGGCGAACUUAGCACUCUGACGGAACGGCAACCGCAACCUCUGGGCGCUUCUAGCAUGAGUCGCAGCAUGUCUCAUUUGGCUGCGCCUGGAGUCAAGAGCCUUAAACGCUCCGAUAAUUCUCGUAGCAUGGGUACGUUGCCAGGCGCAGUCCCAAUCUCCAGGCCCACCAGAGCCGAGAGACUGCGCCGUAAGGCCCGCGAGCAUCGGAACCAUCAGCAACAAGGUAUCCGCAGCGGUGAGGUGACGCCGAACAGCCCGUCGCGACCGCACAGCUCCAUGAGUCAACAGAGCGCCAGCAGCGUGGCCAGCAGUACAGUCAAUCUGCGUCCUCGCACGACCACCCCACGCCGUCCGCGACCCGCUUCUAUUGCCGGAACCGGCGUUUCUGUCACAGACCGACACAAUCUGACCGGAGAUGUCAGAGCGACGAAGGAUUCUAAGCCACCACUGCCAAAGGUCCACAACACUCCAAAGAAACCAUCCACUCCCAAAGCUGCGGAAACCGUGAAGAAGCCGACCGAGAAGCUGAUCAAGAGUGCAAAAGCAUCGCCUCGGGUCACUCCAAAAGCAACUCCCUUGCAGAGUCCAGGAACGGAGCAUGCCCCGCUUAUUCGUGAAAACACCACCGAGAUCAUCAAGGAGGUAGAAGGAGAGAAAGUCAAGAGCAUCAAGUCGGACGUUCCUGAGAAACAAGAGGAGAAGAAGGACGAGGGCACGGAAAAGACGCAGGUCCAAGAGGAGGCAGGAGUGACGCAGUCAGUCACCAGUGAAACGAAGAACGCGGUUCCUGCUCCUCAGCCAGUCGUUCCUGCACCCAUCACCAAGUCCGCGAAGGAGGAGGUCAACUUUGUCCAGGAGUCGCAGCAAUCCGCUCCUGUCGCGCCCUCCACUCAGGAGGUUCCUAAAGUCGAAAAGAAAGAGGAAUCCAAGUCGGAGAAGAAAUCACUGGAAUCCGAGGCGAAGGCAGAGGGCGAAACCGACGAGCAGGUCGAUAUGUCCGCUUCCAUGAUCGCGAAGAUCAGAAUCACUACCGAAGAGGAAGCCAAGGCUGCGUUGGCCGAACGUAGAAGACUUGCUCGCGAACAAGCUGAGCGGGAAGCGGAACUCGAGCGCCAGCGACAGGAGGAGGAAGCACGCAAGGAGGCAGAGAGACUCCGCCUGGAGGAGGAAGAACAGCGACGGUUAGAGGAAGAAACGCUUCGGUUAGCUAACGAAGCUCGCGAGGCGGAGGAACAGAGGCUACGAUUGGCGAUCGAGGAAGCGAAGCGACGCGAGGAAGAGGAUCGAAAGAAGAGGGAAGAAGAGGCUCGACAGAAGCAGGAGAAAGAAGAGGCUGAGCGGAAAGCUAGAGAGGAAGCAGAAAAGCAACGCAUCGAGAUGGCUGAGCGUCUUAAAAAGGAAGAGGAGGAAAGAAUUGCUCGUCGCAAACGCGUCGAGGCGAUUAUGCUGAGGACUAGAGGAAAGAAUCAGUCCAACACGCCUACCAAGGGAGAGGGUGACGGAGAUAAAUUGAAGGAGGACAGCCCAAGCGAGGAAAAUAAAUCGAGGCCGGGCAAUAAGGUCGAAGACGUGAUGACAGCGAGUCUCAUUUCGGAGGCUACGCGACAAUUUCUUAGUGGCGAGCAACAGGCUCACCAUGCUGAAAACAAUAUCGCGCCAGACAUUGUUCGAAACUGCACACAUAGCAAUGGUAUAAACGAGAACAAAACUCUGCUGGAUAAUAAUCAGGGGAACGAGGAAGGGGAACUGAACGGCCACCAUACAAAUCACGGAAAUGGUAUCAACAGCCAAACGAUCACGCUGGAUAACGCUUCUGUCAAGCAAAACAACGUGACCAACAACCUGUUAGACCUGUCGGAGUUUGACACUUUGAGUAAUAGCGGUAGCGGUCCCAUACUCGAGCUGACGCCAAACCUGGCAAAUGAAGAUACUCUCAACUCAAAUUUAAAUCCAUCGGCUCUACCAUUCACUCCCAUGGGCAACCCAUUCGUGCCUGCAGCUACUAAUGCCAACACGAAUCCGUUCCAAGAUGCUUUUACCAACAAGCAACAGGACAACAGUCAAGUACCAGAUCUUCUAUCAUAAUUUAAUAAUUAGACAAUCUGGUGAAUGCAGAAAGGAUGAAGCUGUGUGAAUCGCCAACUUGCUACCGGCAAGCUUGGGGGAUAAUUGAAGCGGUGAUGUUUAUGAGAAUGUAAAUAAGCGCUAUAGAUGUAGUUAUGAAAAAUGAAGAUUUUAUUAGGAAGGAAACAGUGCGGCAGUAUCCAUGUAAAGAACUGCCACCCCUCCCUCCUUUAGAACCGUAAAACUCUACGCAUUAUCUUAAUGAAUGUAAAAUAAUAUAUAAUAUUAAUACACUGGCGACCAUAGACAUUCAGCCAAUCGUAGUAAGCUAACUGGUAUAGAACUAACUUUCGGAGGACCUUAAAAGGGAAUAAUAUCUAUUUAUAACACAUAAUUUGAGAUACACGUCUGUACUUCAUUGUAUCGACCCUCCGUUAAAUUAAUUUUACGUAUCUUCGGUCCUUUUGAGCGCUUUUAAUUUUCGAGCUGAUUGUUUAGGAAUCGGUAAGGUGGGAUUUGCGAACGAUAUCGUUAAGCACUCUGCAUUUAAAAGUACCCUCCACUUUAUUGCGGUGCGGGAUGUUUCGGUUCGUAGAACCUCGAUCUGAUGCGAAUUGUUCGGCAAAAGUGAAAACCACUCUACGUGCGGCCUAUGCGUCAAUCAUCGAUUAGGGAAUUCUUAUAAAUUUAGCAUGACAGCUUAGCGUUUCAUCGUAGAGGGAGAAAUUUCUUGUACACGUGUAUAAUCCGUUGCUAUGGAGUAAUAGCAGCAGUUUUGUUCACACUUGAGAUAUCGGAUUAUUCACUCACUAGUCAGUCUCUGUACUAGAUUCGACACUUUUCGCAUAGAAAGAGCAUUGGCACUAUGGAUUAAUCGAUAGCCUGCGAUAACGCUAUUGUUUCGAAAAUAACAUGCAUGCAUUUUUCAGACAAUGAUAUCGUACCUCAUCGAUGAUCAUUAAAGUACCAAUAUAGGAAAACACUAAUUAAUCCUAACUGACGUGAAAGUCUGGUAUUUUAGCAGAUCUAUUGAGAAGCUUAUAUAAAUGAUAUUUAAUAUUUUCGCAUUCCCUUUAAGAUACUGGAAUAUGCAUGACCAUAUGAGCACAGUGAUUUGUUUAUCCAAAAGUAUAACUAUGUCUCGUGUUACAUAUAUCACGACGAUUACGGGGACAGUGUCUAUUUUAACGGAAAUAUUUUGUCUAUAUUUAUUUCGAGGGACAUAACUAGAAAUUGUUAUUAUUAAUAUCCUUUUUUUACCGGAAAAGUGUAAUCUGUAUAUGACAAAAUUGCUAUUUAUGGGAUUUGGUGCUUGUACUGUUGUUUAAGUUCUGGCAAUCAGGCUUAAGAUCAGGCAAUAAAUGUAAUACGUCCAAUUAAUGUACACAGUCUAUUCGUAUGCGGUAUUACUCUUAUAAUUGAAUACAAACUUUAAUAAUUAUUUUCGUAAUACCUACUUGCUUAUCACCAAUAUUCCAAUUGCAAUUGAAAUUCAAUGGAAUGUAAGCCGAAAUUGUUGAUUAAUGUAUGAUUUGUUAAUGAAAUUGAUGUAUUGUGUAAUAGCUCACUAUUUAAUUAAUUUCGAACGUAAUUAACGUUACUUGUCUCCAGAAGGUGUUUCAUUUUCACAGUUGCGUUUAUGGUACUCAAAUGAAAGGUGAUAUAAAAGACAUUUAUCCCUUCGUGUAUACAUAUGUUAAGAAUUACUAUGUAGUCAGUAUCAUAUAUUGUACCAUUACACGUGAACCAAUGAAAGUCUAUUUCAGUCAAUAGUUUGCUCCCUUGUCGUCAAAAUUUGAAGUACCAGUUAUUACUAACAGCAUACGAUUUUCUUAUCCAAUAAUUCCUCGCAUAAAAUUUCCUAUCGUGUUCAAUCGACAUACUUAUUCGAACUAGAUUAUUCGACACUCCUUAUUGCAAUUAUCCAUAUUUAUUCCAAAAUUCAUGUUGAUCCCAUUAUUACUUUGAGAAUAUUUUCCAGUACGAUGUAAGGAAGUGACGGUUGUAUGACAUGAGAGAAUGUUUUUGAAUAUCAGAAUAUCGAAGGCACUAACUCCCAGUCAUGUUUGAAAUUCUGCGUAUUGUAAAAAAGCUUGUAUGUAAUAAAUAUCUAAUAAGAAGAA